ACGACUGCUCGAAAAAAUUGCCUUCGUCGAAAUGGGUAAAAGUGAACAUGACGUCAAUGAUUAUUACGAGGAAUUACAAGAUCAGGAAAAGGUUAUCGCUGUUUUGGAGAGUGAAGCUGCUGAAAAGAAUAUUGAUCUUCGUUUGAAAGACAGAAUUGAGACUACUAAGUACGAAGUCAAAUCUGCUGCUGAAGCUCAUUUAGAUUGGCAGCCUUCUAAGGUAUCCUAUGACGGGGUAUUGACAUUCGUUUGCUGUGACGAGACUAAGUCGUUCUCCCUAAGCAAGCCAGAGAUAUGGAAAACGUUAGUUGAAAGAAUAGAUUUCCUUUACGCGCCUGGAAGUCAUCUAAAAGUACGAGAUGGAAUUAGUGGAGAAAAUUGUGGAUCCAUGAUAAUGACAACAGCAGCAUGA